GAGGGCGGCUGAAGAGACGGCGGCAACACCAGCAUGCCGAGGAGAAAGCAGCAAGCUCCCCGGCGCUCUGCAGCUUAUGUUCCUGAGGAAGAACUGAAAGCAGCAGAAAUUGACGAGGAUAGUGUGGAGGAUGAUGGGCUACCUCUGGACAUCCAGGAAACUGAGUACAUGUGCAAUGAUGAAGCAGAGAUCAAAGAGGCUCAGAGUUACCAGAACUCUCCAGUCAGCACAGCAACAAAUCAGGAUGCAGGUUAUGGUUCACCAUUUAGUGAAAACAGUGACCAGCUGGCCCAUUUCAAGAGCACUUCCUCAAAAGAAGAGAGGGAAGACCAGUGCUCGGACAAUGCUUCCUAUCCACAGGACAGCUUGGCACAAAUAAAAGCUGUAUAUGCAAAUUUACUGUCAGAGUCUUGCUGGUCCAGUUUAGCUUUGGAUUUAAAAAAAUCAAAGAGUAAUGAAAACAGCCAGAAGGAAAAUACCACUAAUAGCAACUCUACUAUCAAUACCCCAAGUACAAGUACCAGUACCAGUACCAGUACAAAUACCAACACUAGUACUACUACAAGUAUCAGUAGUACUAGUACCAGUACCAGUAACAGUGGUGGCUCAGGAUAUGACUGGCAUCAAGCGGCAUUAGCCAAAACUCUGCAGCAGACCUCAUCAUAUGGACUUCUUCCAGAACCUAGUCUAUUCAGUACAGUGCAGCUUUACCGGCAAAACAAUAAACUAUAUGGUUCUGUGUUUACUGGUGCCAGUAAAUUUCGGUGCAAAGACUGCAGUGCAGCAUAUGACACACUGGUGGAGCUAACAGUGCACAUGAAUGAAACUGGACAUUACCGGGAUGACAACCGAGAUAAAGAAGCUGAAAAGACCAAACGGUGGUCAAAACCCAGAAAGCGAUCACUUAUGGAAAUGGAAGGCAAAGAAGAUGCCCAGAAAGUGCUAAAGUGCAUGUACUGCGGCCAUUCAUUUGAAUCUUUGCAAGACUUGAGUGUCCAUAUGAUAAAAACAAAGCAUUACCAGAAAGUGCCUCUGAAGGAACCAGUACCAGCCAUCACCAAACUGGUGCCUUCUACAAAAAAGCGAGCACUUCAGGACUUAGCUUCACCUUGCUCACCUGAGCCAACAACAAUCCCGCCAGAGACCACACUUAGUGAAGCUGCAAAGGAUCAGAAAACUGCCAACCCCUAUGUGACUCCCAACAACCGCUAUGGCUAUCAAAAUGGUGCUAGCUACACUUGGCAGUUCGAGGCCCGCAAAGCCCAGAUACUAAAAUGCAUGGAAUGUGGCAGUUCUCACGACACUUUGCAGCAGCUUACUGCUCACAUGAUGGUGACAGGACAUUUUUUGAAAGUAACUAAUUCUGCGUCCAAAAAAGGAAAACAGCUAGUAUUGGAUUCUGUGGUCGAAGAAAAGAUACAGUCCAUACCUUUACCACCCACUACCCAUACAAGAAUACCAGCUGCAAAUGUUAAAAAGCAGCCUGAUUCUCCUACUGGAUCAACAACAUCUGAAGAAAAGAAGGACCUAGAAAAGGAAAAGGCGAUUGUUACCGAAACAGACAAAAAGAUUAAAGAAGAGAAUGAGGACUCUGUAGAAAAAUUUGAGCCAACAGCUGUGUAUCAGUACCUCAGAGAGGAGGAUCUAGAUGAAAGUCCUAAAGGUGGAAUAGAUAUAUUGAAAUCCUUGGAAAAUACAGUGACAACAGCUAUUAGCAAGGCUCAGAAUGGAGCACCUUCCUGGGGAGGCUAUCCCAGCAUUCAUGCAGCUUACCAGCUUCCGGGGACUGUCAAACCCAUGCAGCCAACUGUGCAGAGUGUUCAGAUGCAACCAUCAUAUGCUAGCAGUGUAAAAUCAUUGUCUUCGGAACACAGUGCACUGAUCCAUUCCCCAGGCAACCUGACACCCCCGCCUCACAAAAGCAAUGUCUCUGCAAUGGAGGAGCUAGUGGAGAAAGUCACUGGCAAAAUCAAUAUUAAAAAAGAAGAGAAGCCUGCAGAGAAAGAGAAAUGUUCUCCAGCCAAGCCAUUGUCACCCACUGCUAAGGAGAGUAAAGACUUUCCAAAAGCAGAAGAAACCAACAAGCAGCAGCAGCAGCAGCAGCAGCAGCAAAGAAAGAGUCCUGAAGCAGAGGUUCAGAAGGUCAAAAGGGACAGUCCAGCAGAUCCCCAUGUGCUUAAUGGCACCGAGCCACCUAAAUCAAAAGUUACAAAUGGUUGUAAUAGCUUGGGUAUCAUCACAGACCAUUCACCUGAGCCAUCGUUCAUUAACCCACUGAGUGCUUUACAAUCCAUCAUGAAUACCCAUUUAGGCAAAGUUUCUAAUCCCGUAAGUCCUUCUUUGGACCCUUUGGCCAUGUUGUACAAAAUUAGUAACAGUAUGUUGGACAAACCCAUUUACCCAACAACUCCGGCCAAGCAAGCUGAUGCUAUUGACCGGUACUAUUACGAGAACAGUGAUCAGCCUAUUGAUUUAACAAAGUCCAAAAACAAGCCUCUUGUUUCCAGUGUGACUGAUUCUGUUUCAUCUCCUCUAAGGGAAAGUGCCCUAAUGGAUAUUUCUGAUAUGGUAAAGAACCUCACAGGACGCUUGACUCCCAAGUCUUCGACUCCAUCCUCCGUGUCGGAAAAAUCCGAUGCAGAUGGAAGUAGUUUUGAGGAGGCUCUGGAUGAACUGUCACCAGUACACAAGAGGAAAGGUAGGCAGUCCAACUGGAACCCUCAGCAUCUUCUGAUCCUUCAAGCCCAGUUUGCGUCUAGCUUGAGGGAGACUCCUGAAGGCAAAUAUAUUAUGUCGGACCUAGGCCCACAGGAGCGGGUACAUAUCUCUAAGUUUACUGGUCUUUCCAUGACCACAAUUAGCCACUGGCUGGCCAAUGUGAAGUAUCAAUUAAGGAGGACAGGUGGAACUAAAUUUUUAAAGAAUUUGGAUACAGGUCAUCCUGUUUUCUUUUGCAAUGAUUGUGCCUCUCAAUUCAGGACUGCUUCUACUUACAUAAGUCACUUGGAGACACAUUUAGGGUUCAGUUUGAAGGACCUGUCCAAAUUGCCACUAAACCAGAUACAAGAACAGCAGAAUGUUUCAAAAGUCCUCUCAAACAAGACUUUAGGCUCACUUGGAAUUGCUGAGGAGGACUUGGGCUCCACAUUCCAGUGUAAGCUCUGUAACCGAACUUUUGCAAGCAAGCAUGCAGUAAAACUGCACCUUAGUAAAACACAUGGCAAGUCCCCUGAGGACCAUCUGAUCUAUGUAACUGAGUUAGAAAAACAUUAGUGUCCAGGUAAGCAGCCAGGUAUGCAAGUGACCACAGGAACAUUGCACUAAAACGUCUUCAUAGUACUGCACUAGGCCUGACCUGAGCCUCUGAAAUCAGUCUUACUUUUGUUGCUGAACUGCCUAUCUGGACCUUGGUUUUUCUUACAUACAUUUUGUAGUUAUAUUUAUAUGCUCUUUGUCUGAUCCGUGCAUGUUUUUUUUAAAUCGUUUUUCUUUUCUUUUCUUUUUCUGUGAGUCAAAGUCUGACCUUUAUUUUCAACAUCUGUCCUUGAUGUUAAGCUAUCUUUUGUAGAAUAUAGUGGGAGACACUAUUGAGAGACGUUAAUUUAGCCGUAAAGAAAGACACAAAGGACAAUAACAGAAAGACAUCCUAAAAUUACAAAGUUGCCAUGACAAUAAAGGUCACAGAACCCUGUAGUGUCAGUUUUUAACCCUCUGAGGACUGCAAUAGCAUUUCUGUGCCUUUCUCAAGAGACUUUUUUUUUUAAAAAAAAAGGCAUUUCAUCCUAUUAAAACUGGGUCAAAAACAAAACUUACGUUUAAUAAUUUUUAAAAUGUCAAAAAGGUUUUUUUUUUUUUAAAUUGAAAUCUGAUUUGAAAAGAAAAGAUGCACACCAUUCUUAAUGAUGAAAAGCUAUCAGGUGCUCAAGGGUUAGAAACCGCAACCAUGUUUAAGAAAAUAGAAAUAACAAACAAAGUUGUCACUAUGCCCAAACCCUCUGGAUGCUGAAAAUUGCUGCUUGGCUGGCAAAAAAAGAAGAAAAAAAGAAAAAGAAAAAAAAGUAUGCAAGUUGUUAAAAAAAUAUGUAAAAAUGCUAUUUCUUUUUCCUGUAAAAUACUGCAGUUUAUAGUUAUUUACAAAUGUAAGCUUUGGUACAAGCUGACCUUUCUAUAGUGUGCUGCAUUGGUACAUGAAAACAAAACAAAAACGUGGGGCAAGUGUUGGAUUCAGUUCCUUGUAAAUUGCCAGCAUCAGCUUAAGAAAAAAAAAAGAGUACAUGUUACAUAUCGUACCAUUUUAAACUGUUCAACUUCCUUUGUACCUUCUGGCUGUAUGCUUUCUCUUUUAACUUUUUAUAUUGUCAUUUUAUAUUAAAUUUCUGUGUAUAUAAUGUAAAACCACACUUUUUUGAAUAAAAUUUAGUUCCUGCAGCUUGAGUUAAAUAGAGAAAUUUUACUGGCACCUGCAUCUUCCCAGAUGCAUGUACUCAAAGGAACUAUCUGACAAAAUAAAUAAAUAAAAAUAAAGCAAGCAAUGCACUAUGAAUUAUACAUUUUGAUGUUUUAUCAUUAAUAUUGUACAGUACAUUUUUUCGUUCACACAAUUAAAUCCACUGUUUUCUCAAGUGUAAAAUAAACCCAC